AUACAAAAUUAAAAAAUACCCCUCCAAAACCAAGAAAAGCCUUAAAUCCCUCGGUUUUCUUGUCUAAAACCCUUUACUAAUCCGCAACUCCGCUUCGAUUACCGAAACUCACACGCAGCCCAUGGCCGUACCGGCGGUGAACCCCUGGAUUUAUCUGUACGACGUCGUCGGAUCGUAGAAUUCAUCUCUUUGCUGCAUUGGGUUUGAUCUAAAACGCUAUUCAGAUCCAGCUCGAACACUCUAAACAAGUAUGAGAGGGGGCUUGCGAUCCAGUAGUAAAUUACCGGCGAAAGCUGACGAGAGCGAGAGUCCUUCUAGUAAUGGGCCAGCUAAAAUUGAAGUUGAAAGUAGUGAAGAAAAAAGUUGCUUACUGUCUGAUGAGAAAGUUCCGAAAUUGGUUGGGUCUAGGGCUGAAGUAGAGAAAUCGGUUACUGCUCCGAAAGACAAAACUAAUGAGGUAAAACUUGAGGAUUGUGGUGUAGGGAGUGAUAUUGGGGAGGAUAAAACUGCAGAAUGUAGUAAUGAUAGAAGGAAAAGAAGUAGAAUUGAUGGUAAUGGAGAGAGCGGAGAGGAUAGUAGUGUGAAAAAACAUAGGUUGAGGGAGGAUGAUCUGGUGGAUGGUACACCACAGGUUGUGCGUAGAGUACUGCGGUCAAUGACUGCAGAAAAAUCUGAGGGUAAGGAGAACUAUGAGAAGGGUCGGGUUAAUGGUGGUAUUGUUGAGAAAAGGACUAGAGGAGUAGUUGAGUCUGGGGAGACUUCGUUUGAGGUGGAAAAUGGCUCUGUUGCAGAAAGGACUAGAGGAAAAGUUGGGUUUGAGAGGAAGCAGACUGUGGUAGAAAAUGGUUCUGUUGCGGAAAGGACACGAGGGAGAGUUGGGUCUGAGCAGAGGAGGGUUGAGGUGGAAAAUGGCUCUGUUGUGGAGAGGACUAGAAAGAAAGUUGGGUCUGAGGAGAAGAGAGUCGAGAUGAGAAGUGGCUCGGUUGCGGAAAGGACUAGAGGAAAAGUUAAGUUUGAAGAGGCAGGGGUUGAGGUGGAAAAUAAUUCUCCUGUGGAAAGGACUACCGGGAAAGCUGGGUCCGAGGAGACAAGGGCCGAAGUAGGAAAUGGCUCUGUUGGAGAAAGGACUGGAGGGACAAUUGGAUUUGUCGAGAAGAAGAGAUUUAAGGUAGAAAAUGCUCCUGUUGCGGAAAGGACUAGAGGGAAAAUUGCAUAUGAAGAGAAGAGGGUCGAGGUGGACAUUUUCUGUGCUGCUGAAAGGUGUGGAGGGCAAGCGGGGUCUGAAGAGAAGAUGGUUGAGGCGGAAAAUGGCCCUAUUGUGGAAAGGAAUAAAGAGAAAGUUAUAGCCCCUGAGGAAAAAAUGGUUGAGGUGGAAAAUGGCCUUGUUGUGGAAAGGAAUAAAGAGAAAGCUGUAGUCCCUGAUGAAAUAAUGGUUAAGGUGGAAAAUAGCCCUGUUGUGGUAAGGAAUAAGGAGAAAGUUGUAUCCCCUGAGGAAAGAAUGGUUGAGGUGGAAAAUGGUCCUGUUGUGGAAAGUAAUAAAGAGAAAGUCGUAUCCCCCGGGGGAAAAAUGGUUGAGGUGGAAAAUGGUCCUGUUGUGGAAAGUAAUAAAGAGAAAGUCGUAUCCCCCGGGGGAAAAAUGGUUGAGGUGGAAAAUGGUCCUGUUGUGGAAAGAAAUAAGGAGGAAGUUGUAUCCCCUGAGGAAAAGAUAGUUGAUGUAGAAAAUGGCUUUGUUAUGGAAAGGAGUAGAGGGAAGGUUGUAUCCACCGAGGAGAAGAGGGUUGAGGUGGAAAAUGACUCUGCUGCAGAAAGUAUUAGAGUGAAAGUUGGGACCAAGGAAAAGAGGAAUGAUGUUGAAAAGGAAGAGAAGGAUCACGACGAGGACAGUUCUCAGUUGCAUUAUACUGUAAAUCCAAAAUUACAGCGUAAGCGUGGGAGGCCUCCCAAGUCUUUGAAAACUGCUGAGUUUCAGAACAAUUUGGGUGGCAGUUUAAAUGUAGAGAUCAAACAAUCUGCUGGUGAGGAGAGGCAUCAGUUAAAUAACAAAUUAAUUGAAGAAGUAAAAUGCAAGAGUGAGAGUCUUCCCGAGUCUCAGGAGAAUGUUGAGUUUCAGAACAAUUGGGAUAAUGUCAGAAAGGGAGAGGUUGAUCAAUCUUCUGGUCAAGAGAAGCAUCGGUGUAAUCAUGAAAUGAGCAAAAAACUGACGCGUAAGCGUGGAAGGCCUCCCAAGGUUCCGCAGGGCAAUGAUUUUGAGGAAAAAUGGAGUGAAUUGGAAAAGGAAGGAAUUGAUCUAAUUGGUAGUCAAGAAAGCCAUCAGCAAAGUAAUGAAGAGACCGACAAGUUAAUGCGCAGGCGUGGGAGACCACCCAAGGCUAAGAAGUGCAAUAUGUCUGAGAAGCUAAAGGCUGAGAUGGAAGAGACAGUGAGUGAUUGGCCUGCCGGUAAGGAGAGUGAUCAGUUAAUUAAUGAAGCAAGGGGACAAUUAAAACACAACCUUGGGAGACCCCUUAAUUUGAAGAAGGAUAAAAUGGUAGGUGCGCAAAGAAAAAAGAAAAGGGGAAGAGGAAGACCUCCAAAACUUGAUUUGAACCACAAUGUGGGGAAGAAUUCUUCAUUAUCAGGAGACAAAAUUCUUGGCGAGGAUUGUAAUGUGAAAUUUCGGAAAGCGAAAAUGAUCAAACACAAUUACAGUGAAAAGGUUGUUGGGAACAACAGUGAACAGAAGGCGGCGGAAAGGGCUCACAGUAGAUUAGAAAGGAAGGAAGUGAGAGAUAAAAUUGUGGAAUUGCUUUUGGCUGCUGGCUGGGAAAUUCAGUAUAGGCCAAGAUAUGGCAGGGUAUACAACGAUGCAGUGUAUGUCAAUCCUGAAGGAAGGACUCACUGGUCGGUCACCUUGGCAUAUCGGGUGCUUAAGAAUCAUUAUGAAAAAUGUGGUGGUGAUCCAGAGUUGUACAAACCAGGUUUCAUAUUUACUCCAAUACCAGAUGAGGAACUUAACAUACUAACUAAAGUAAUUGUUAAGGUACGGUCUGACAAAAAUAAAAAGAAAGGGAAAAGGAAACAGGGAGAGAUGGGUGAAGAAACUAAUGGAGCUAUUAAAAAGAAAAAAAUGAAGUUGCAGAAAGGAAAAUUGGGUGCUAUCAGCAAGAAGAUGCUAAAGGGAAAAAAAAAACUUAAAACAGGACAUAUCAAAGAGGAUGAUUCAGUUGCUGCCUCAGGUGGGGUAACUACAGUGUCGGUCAGGGGUCGUAAGCGACGUGAAACACAUGGCAAAAAGCGGUGCUCACUAAGGGCACGCAUGUCUCAAGAUGGCUCAGAUUCUAACAAGGAUGGCUAUGUGCAGUCUAAUGAAAUUCGGACUGUGCUUGUCUGGAUGAUUGACACGGGCACUGUCCCACUAGAUGGGAAGGUGAAGUAUUUGAAGCAGAGUAACGCACAAGCUAAUAUGACGGGUAGUAUUACAAGAAAUGGCAUUCAGUGUGACUGCUGUAGUAAAACUUUUACAGGUGCAGAAUUUGAGAUUCAUGCUGGUGGUAAGUCUUGCCAGCCGCUCGAAAAUAUAUAUUUAGAGACUGGAUCGUCACUUUUGCAAUGUCUGCUUGAUUCCUGGCUUAAAGAAGAUGAGUCUGCUCAUAAAGGAUACCAUUUUGUUGAUUUUGAUGGCGAAGAUCCAAAUGAUGAUACAUGUGCGAUUUGUGGAGAUGGUGGGGACCUGAUUUGUUGUGACAGUUGUCCAUCAACAUUCCACCAAAGUUGCCUAGAAAUAAGAAAGUUCCCUUCAGGGCUCUGGCACUGCAUAUUUUGUUUGUGCAAAUUUUGUGGGAUGAAUGGUGGAAGUACAUGUCAGGAAGAUGAUAAUAAGGCUUCUGCUUUAUAUGCGCUAUCUACGUGUUGUUUGUGCCAGGAAAAAUAUCACCUAUCCUGUGUUCCUGAGAAGGACAUCGUAAAUUGUGAACAUGUUAAUCCAAUCUUCUGCGGAAAGAAAUGCCAAGAGUUAUAUGCGAGACUAGAAAUGCUUUUUGGUGUUAAACAUGAAAUGGAAGAGGGAUUUUCAUGGACUUUUGUUCGCCGAUUUAAGGUUGGCUCCGAUAUUUCUUUCAGUGGAAUGUCUCAGAAAGUGGAUUGCAAUUCGAAGGUGGCCGUCGCAUUCCAAAUAAUGGACGAGUGCUUUGCUCCCAUGGCUGACCACAGAAGUGGGGUCAAUCUGAUACGGAACAUUGUCUAUAAUUUUGGUUCAAACUUCAAACGAUUGAAUUACAGUGGUUUCUUCACUGCAAUUCUGGAGAGGGGUGAUGAAAUGAUUGCUGCUGCAUCAAUUAGAAUACAUGGAAAUCGUUUGGCAGAGAUGCCAUUCAUUGGGACCCGCUACAUGUACAGGCGUCAAGGAAUGUGUCGCCGGCUUUUGAAUGCAAUUGAAAUGGGUCUUAGCUCUUUAAAUGUUGAAAAAUUGGCCAUACAAGCAAUAUCUGAGCUGACAGAAACAUGGACUUCUGUGUUUAGUUUCAAGCCCCUUGAAGUAUCAGAUAAGCAAAUAAUCAGAAAUAUGAACAUGAUGGUGUUCCCAGGUGUUGAGAUGUUACAAAAACCAUUAACGAGGCAUCGGUUUGCUGAAGAAAAACUGCAUCCUGCAGAAGGUUUGAAUUCUACUACUAAACAUGAGGACUUUCAGACAACAAAAGAGAGGACAGAUAAUUUUGAUGAAAGAUGUUCAGUAGGAUUUGAUUUGAACGAGCCCGGCGAAAUGGCAGUACCUGAUUCAUUCAACAUAAUGAACGAAAAUUAUGCAGUGGAACCCGGUUCAGUUUUCGAUGGCUGUUCCACCAUCAUAUCUGACUCUGCCAUCCAUGAAGCUAAUGGUGAAAGAUAUGUUGAUCAAUCAGGUGUGAUUUCUAAUCAUCUAGAUGUAAGAAAUCAAACCAUGAACCCCCCUGAUUCCUUAUGUGAUGCUUGUGACCAAACUGGAAUUGAGAUGCGGAAUUGUUCAGACAAGAGAUGCUCAACUGAAUAUGAUUUCACUGCUUUUGGUAAGGCUGGUGCUCCUCAUACUAGCACCGGAAUUGCUGAAUCUACAUCUGGAUCUGGUUUGCGGUUCACCGAUGGCUGCUCAAAUGGAACAACUGACAUCACAAUUCUGGAUUUGAAUGAUACAAAAUGCUUUGGGCAAUCGGGUGCGAUUCUCGAGAAUGCUGAUCAGAAUCCUGAUUCUUUUGUGCAUAAUACAGCUGAUAUUAUUAAUCAAUCACUGGAAUUAGUUUCUGAGCUUGGAACAAUGUUGUCAAACCAGAAGGCUUCGUCUUGCGAGUCUAAAGCUACUAACAUUUCCGACGAUGUGCUUCAGUCAACACUGCCUGAAGCUCACCGAAGAGCUCAAAUUUCUGUGAAUGGAGGUCUGAUUUCUAACGGGAAUAUUAUGGAGAAUGAAUUAUCAAAGCUCCCUGGUUCCUAUCUCAAGAUUGAUAAUGCUAGUGUUAUAGAGAGAGAUUCUGAAUCAAAGAAGGGUGGUUUGUGCUCUGCUCCUGGUGUUGCUCCACGGCGCUUCAUCUGAGGCGAUGAUAGUAUCAAAUCAGGCCAACUAAUUUUCAUCUGAUUCUUUUUGCUGUAUAAAUCAGGUGUUUAGUUUUGACAGCAGCUUCUGACUUGUGGGCGGUGAAGAUGUGAUAUCGGCAAUUACGCAUCUUUCAUUUGAUUAUAGUGACCCUUUUUGGAUGUAUAGUUUUGAAGAUUAGCUUAGUGAUCAUCAGUCUUGUAGCUAAAGGCAUGAUCUUGACGGAAAUAGAUACAAUGCAAAUUAAGGGCUGUGCAUUUCGGGCCUCCCCUUGCGCUUAUUGUAAAUGGAACAUUUCUAAUUGUGAAAAUAGCUUAUUCCUUUUA